AUGGGCAUCGCAGUGGAGAGCCAGGACGUGCUGGUCAUCGGCAAGGUCACUCUGCGUGUGCAGCGGGAGGCCAUUUGGCGCCUGUCGCUGCGCGGGGGAGGCAUCGACUGCGUGCUGCAUCCUGACCUCACUCGCUUGGUCAUGCAACUGGCAGAAGACCACGCCAGCCUUAUGGCCAUGCAGCUCUACCAUGGAGACCAAAAACGCCGGAGGUCCCGGUUCUACUCGGCUUGGGAGAAGCUGGAGAGCGCUAUGAAUCUGGAUCCAAAAGACGAGCUCGGCAGCGAGAAGCCGGAGGAGCAGCCCUUGGAAGACGAGACCGUUGCAGAGUCAUACUGGCAGGGCUAUGCUGUGCGAGAGCCGGACCUGCCUGUGCUAGUGGAAGCCACCUUUCAGAUGAAGGGCGCCAGCGUGUCCUUGGCCGAUCGUCUGGACCUGGGAGGCGCCGGCCAAGCCAACGCGGCCCUGGAGGGUGUUGAUCUGCGGGUGCUUGUGCUGACUGACAGCAAAGGGCGCGGCCAAGUCACGGGCCUCUUCGCGGCGCUGAAGCUCAGCGCCGCGGAGCUGCUGCUGGAGCAGCGGCGCCUGCUGGCGCCCAAGGCGGCGGCGGAGACGCUGCUUCAAGCCACCCUCCUGGCGCCGCUGAAGGGCCCUGACGUGCCCAAGUUGGGCAUCCGGCUGGAGCAGCUGGCCCUGCUUUUCCGGCGCCGCGAUCUGGACCAGCUUCUGCAGCUGGUGCACGCGCUGAAGCCCAAGGGCUCCGGGGAAGUUGCGCCUGAUGCACGGAGCACCCUGCAGGACCUGCCCAGCAGCUCCAUCUCGCGCCUGGAGCUUAGCUCCAGCUCAAGCCCCCUCUUCCGCUGCUGGAUCGGGGCGCCGAAGGUGUAUCUGCCCACUGACCCGCCGGGUGGGCCCACAGCACCUCAGAUGCGAAGUUGGGACUUGGGGACCUGGAAGGAUUACAUUCGGAGGGUUCUGAAGCUCAGCUCCUGA